CAAAUCCCCAACUUCAGCACCGCCUCCCGCCUGGGAAGAGGCGCGCACCCCCUUGCUCCGCCCCCGCCCCAGCCGAUGGACCCGGGCCCGUCGGUGCCUCCUGGCUCCGGCUUCCAGGAAGCGAGGGCAGGGCAGAAGGGUUCUGACAGCCGGAGGGGUACGGUAAGGAGGAGGUGGAGGAGGAGCCGGGGUGGGGACUGGAGGGGGCGAGGAGGGAGGGCUUCCCCGCCUCGCCCACCGCCGGGCUGUGCAGGCGCUGCUGGCGGCGGCGGCGUCUCCAGCUCUGUCUGCGGCCGCUGCUGCCGCUGUUGCUGCUCGGGAGCCGCGGAGAUGCCGCCCCGCGCUGCGCCGCGCUGAGGCCGUGCGUGCGCCCGCCCGCCCGCGGGGCUGCGUGCUGCCUGCGCACCAGCUCUCGGUGUGAGCCGACAGGCGACUGGAAGCCCCUCCGAGUCACGCCGCCCGGCGGCGCGGGGAGCGCUCGCCCGCACUGCCACGGGCAGCACUGCCGUGCCCGGCGCUCUCCCUCUGCCUUUGCAUCCCCCGCUCCUCUGAUCUGCGUCCACGUCCUGUGGUGAAUUUUUUUUUUCCCUCCCGAGAGAGAGAGGGCGGGGUAGGUCCCCUCCUCUGCUCCCCCUCCCUUUCCUUCUUGGUUUGAAUUCUUCCCCCUGGCAUUUCACUGGCUCCCGGAGCGAGAGGCAGGAGCCGCACGGAGGGAAGAGGAAGGCUGCGCCUCCCCCGCGGCUCCCAGCCCGGCAGAACUGGAGUCUGCAGGGGUGCGGGGAGCAGAGGACGCAGCGGGAGGGGCCCGGCUCUCUCCCGCGCUGAGGACAGCCCACCUCCCCGGGAGAAGCCCACGGAGAGACGCACGGCGUCUCGGCAACGAGCUUUCCGAGUCCCGCGAGCCGGCAAGCCGAGGAUGGUGGUGGCUCCGCGAGCCGGCUGCGGGGCAGCGCUGUCGCUCUGGAUUGUCAGCAGCCUCCUCUGCAGAGCCUGGACGGCCCCGGCCACGUCCCAAAAAUGUGAUGAGCCACUUGUGUCUGGACUCCCCCAUGUAGCUUUCAGCAGCUCAUCCUCCAUGUCUGGGAGCUAUUCUCCGGGCUAUGCCAAGAUCAACAAGCGAGGGGGUGCUGGGGGACGGUCUCCAUCCGACAGUGACCAUUAUCAAUGGCUUCAGGUUGACUUUGGAAAUCGGAAGCAGAUCAGUGCCAUUGCAACCCAAGGGAGAUACAGCAGCUCAGACUGGGUGACCCAAUACCGUAUGCUGUACAGUGACACUGGGAGAAAUUGGAAACCCUAUCAUCAGGACGGGAACAUCUGGGCAUUUCCUGGGAACAUCAACUCUGAUAGUGUGGUUCGGCAUGAUUUACAGCAUCCCGUUAUUGCCCGCUAUGUGCGCAUAGUGCCUCUGGACUGGAACGGAGAAGGCCGCAUUGGGCUCCGAAUUGAAGUCUAUGGCUGUUCUUACUCAUUUUUAAGUCUCUUGCUUGGCUACAAAUUUCAGGAUUUAUGCAAGAAGUUUUUGGAGGGAAGUAACCAGCUUGGCCCCAUCUAUGGCCACACGUCUGUGAUGACCGGAAGUCUGCUGGAUGAUCACCACUGGCACUCUGUGGUCAUUGAGCGCCAGGGCCGGAGCAUUAACCUCACCCUGGACAGGGGCAUGCAGCACUUCCGCACCAAUGGAGAGUUCGACUACCUGGAUCUGGACUACGAGAUAACCUUCGGAGGCAUACCUUUUUCUGGGAAGCCAAGUUCCAGCAGUAGAAAGAACUUCAAAGGCUGCAUGGAAAGCAUUAAUUACAAUGGUAUCAAUAUAACUGAUCUUGCGAGAAGGAAGAAACUAGAGCCCUCAAAUGUGGGAAAUUUGAGUUUCUCGUGCGUGGAGCCCUACACAGUGCCUGUCUUUUUCAAUGCUACCAGUUACCUGGAGGUGCCAGGACGGCCUAACCAGGACCUGUUUUCAGUCAGUUUCCAGUUCAGGACUUGGAACCCAAACGGUCUCCUGCUUUUCAGUCAGUUUGCAGAUAAUUUGGGCAAUGUGGAGAUUGACCUCACUGAAAGCAAAGUUGGUGUUCACAUCAAUGUCACGCAGACCAAGAUGAGCCAAAUAGAUAUUUCCUCAGGUUCUGGGUUGAAUGACGGACAGUGGCAUGAGGUUCGUUUCCUAGCUAAGGAAAAUUUUGCCAUUCUCACCAUCGAUGGAGAUGAGCCUUCAGCUGUUCGAACUAAUAGUCCUCUUCAAGUUAAAACUGGCGAGAAGUACUUUUUUGGAGGGUUUCUGAACCAGAUGAAUAACUCCAGUCAUUCUGUCCUUCAGCCUUCAUUUCAAGGAUGCAUGCAGCUCAUCCAAGUGGAUGACCAACUGGUAAAUUUAUACGAAGUGGCGCAGAGGAGGCCAGGGAGUUUUGCGAAUGUCAGCAUCGACAUGUGUGCCAUUAUAGACAGGAUAGUUUCUAUUCAGUGGAUCUGUAGUGAGGACAGAGUUUCUACAUUUUUCUCAAGUUCCAAGAUGAUGUUGAUGCUGCUGGUUCAUGAGCCACACCUCGAGUAUGACAAAGACGUGGGCUCUGCAUCUUGGCUCCCAGGUGUGCGGAAAAUGCAGCUCGGGUGCUGCUACCGCCAGAGCCGGAAUGCUNCUUUGAGCUGCUACCGCCAGAGCUGGAGCCGGAACCUUGAGCUUAGCAAAGCAGAUGUUCAUUAUGAGGGAUAUCAUGGGCCCACAACUGUAGUCGCCAUUGGUGUGAUCAUGGAGCUCCACUCCCUGGGUGUCCUUCUCACUCUUCUAUCAGACCUGCUCUCAGGAGAGCACCGGGUAUCUGUCCAGUGCUCGCAGGUGAACGGAGUCAGGAAGAGGGGGAACGUGAUGGGCCUCACAUUCAGUGCUGUGAACGUUAGCAUCAACCAGAGACACAAGCUGUUCUCUGUGUAUAAGGACAAAGUGUGGACCAUAGUGUCUCACGAUCUGCAGAUGCAGACCACGGUGGUGGGCUACAGCCCAGAAAAGUACUCUGUGACGCAGCUCGUGUACAGCGCCUCCAUGGACCAGAUCAGCGCCGUCACCAGCAGCGCCGAGCACUGUGAGCAGUAUGUCUCCUACUUCUGCAAGAUGUCGAGGCUGUUGAACACCCCAGAUGGAAGCCCUUAUACUUGGUGGGUCGGCAAAGCCAAUGAGAAGCAUUACUACUGGGGUGGCUCCGGGCCGGGAAUUCAGAAGUGCGCCUGCGGCAUCGAGCGAAACUGCACGGACCCCAAAUACUACUGUAACUGUGAUGCGGAUUACAAGCAGUGGAGGAAGGACGCUGGCUUCUUAUCCUACAAAGACCACCUGCCAGUAAGCCAGGUGGUAGUUGGAGAUACUGACCGGCAAGGCUCAGAAGCCAAACUGAGCGUGGGCCCCCUGCGCUGCCAAGGAGACAGGAAUUAUUGGAAUGCUGCCUCUUUCCCUAACCCAUCAUCCUACCUGCACUUUUCUACUUUCCAAGGGGAAACUAGUGCCGACAUUUCUUUCUACUUCAAAACAUUAAUCCCCCGAGGAGUGUUUCUGGAAAAUCUGGGCAACACAGAUUUCAUCAAACUCGAGCUAAAAUCUGCCACUGAAGUGUCCUUUUCGUUUGAUGUUGGGAAUGGGCCGGUGGAGAUUGUGGUGAGGUCGCCCUCCCCUCUCAAUGAUGACCAGUGGCACCGGGUCACCGCGGAGAGGAAUGUCAAGCAAGCGAGUUUACAAGUGGAUCGGCUGCCACAGCAGAUCCGCAAGGCACCCACGGAAGGUCACACCCGCCUGGAGCUCUACAGCCAGCUCUUUGUUGGUGGUGCUGGGGGCCAGCAGGGCUUCUUGGGCUGCAUCCGCUCCCUGAGGAUGAACGGGGUGACGCUGGACCUGGAGGAGAGAGCGAAAGUCACGUCCGGGUUCAAAUCCGGGUGCUCAGGCCACUGCACCAGCUACGGGGCCAACUGUGAGAACGGAGGCAAGUGUCUAGAGAAGUACCACGGCUACUCCUGUGACUGCUCGCACACGGCCUACGAUGGCACAUUCUGCAACAAGGAUGUUGGCGCAUUUUUUGAAGAGGGGAUGUGGCUACGGUACAACUUCCAGGCACCGGGGGUCAGUGGCAAAGAAUCAGGCAGCAGGUCAGACAGCCCCCCUGAUCAGCAGAGCACCCCUCCCGACCUGGCCCAUGAGGGGAUCCAUUUCAGCUUCAGCACCUCCAAGGCGCCCUGCAUUCUCCUCUACGUCAGCUCCUUCACGACAGACUUCUUGGCAGUUCUCAUCAAACCCGCCGGAAGCUUACAGAUUCGGUACAACCUGGGCGGCACCAGGGAGCCCUAUAACAUUGAUGUAGAUCACAGGAACAUGGCCAAUGGACAGCCCCACAUUGUUAACAUCACCCGGCACGAGAGGACCGUAAUUCUCAAGCUUGAUCAUUAUCCUUCUGUGAGUUACCAUCUGCCGAGCUCGUCUGACACACUGUUCAAUUCUCCCAAGUCGCUCUUUCUAGGAAGAGUUAUAGAAACGGGGAAGAUUGACCAAGAGAUUCACAAAUACAACACCCCGGGAUUCACUGGGUGCCUCUCCAGAGUCCAGUUCAACCAGAUUGCGCCUCUCAAGGCGGCCUUGAGACAGACGAACGCCUCGGCUCACGUGCACAUUCAGGGCGAGCUGGUGGAGUCCAACUGCGGCGCCUCCCCGCUGACCCUGUCCCCCAUGUCGUCCGCCACAGACCCCUGGCACUUAGAUCACUUGGAUUCAGCCAGUGCUGAUUUUCCGUAUAAUCCAGGACAAGGCCAAGCUAUAAGAAAUGGAGUCAACAGAAACUCGGCUAUCAUUGGAGGCGUCAUCGCUGUGGUGAUUUUCACCAUUCUCUGCACCUUGGUCUUCCUCAUCCGCUACAUGUUCCGCCACAAGGGCACCUACCACACCAACGAGGCAAAGGGAGCAGAGUCAGCAGAGAGCGCCGAUGCUGCCAUCAUGAACAACGACCCCAAUUUCACAGAGACCAUUGACGAGAGCAAAAAGGAAUGGCUCAUCUGAGGGGUGGCUAUUUGGCUGUGGGGGAGGGAGGGGCGAGUUACUAGGGAGGAGGGAAAGGGACAAAAGCACCCUACUUCAUACUCUGGAGCACAUCCUUAAAAUAUCAGCACAAGUUGGGGGAGGCAAGCAACAGAAAAUUCUGGAGAUGAAUUGCCACCAAAAAAAAAAAUACUUUUUAAUAUUUCUUUAUAGCUGAGUUUCCCCUUCUGUAUCAACUCAAAAUAACAUAAAAAAUGCUUUUAGAGUUUAAGAAAUGGUUGAAAUUUGUAGGUAAUACCGUCUUAUUUUGUGUGUGUUUAGAGGUGUUCUAAAAACCCAUGGUAACAGGGCAAGUUUUCUACAUUUUUAAGAGCCCUUAGAAUGUGGAUAUUUUUUCUUGAGAAAAGCUGAUGCACACGGCCUCCAGCAUUCUCUUCCUUUUGCAUAUAGUCAAUUUUUAAUGGGCUAUCUUAGUAACUAGUUCGUGUUCAUACAGUAUUUCUUUUGGUGUCCUGUAAAUUGAAAAAGGAAAGGAAGGGAAGAAGAGAAGCUAUUAUUUGCCACUUCUUAAAGAGCCCUCAGUCUGUGCCGGUUCUCUGAGAGUUCCCGCCUGAAGCAGUUAAAGGAAGAGAGCAUGUGGCCCCUGCUGUGUGACAACAGAACCAGCACAACGGAGAGAAGCAUUAAGAACCUUGGGAAGUCAUUUUAUAUUGGGAUUGUUGGUUUGCUCUUUCAUCAAAUUCUACAGGCUAGUACUGUUCCUCGUGCGUAGUCCUAGACCUAUUCACUCUCUGUGACUGUCAGCUAUAAUCCAGUGGUGAUCAGCUGUUACAAAAGGUUUCUCCUCUGCUUUACCUGCAACAUGUUCGGUUACAUUGUAUGGGGGGGGAAGCACCUCAAUGGGGAAUUAGAGCCAGAUGUUAUGAUUUGUUUGCUCUGUUUCUUUUAUAGUUGUAGCAAGAGUAUGGACACUCUCUAGUGAAUGCAUAAAUUAGGUUGCUCUUCUUAAUUUGCUUUAAAUCUCUAGUUUUGAAGCCCCUGUGACAAAAUCCUAGUAGACCAGGUCCUCUGAAUGGACAUACCACAAUAAAGCCAAGUUAUGCUUGCUACCAUUAUUGCUUUACUCGGAAUCGUAUGGAAAACACUGCCAUACUUUACAUCAUCUCCAUGUGCUACUGUCCCAUCCUGAGUAGACACACGGCACACUGCCGCGACGCAGGCACGACUGUGACAGAUACGUUUCAGCCUCAGGUUCAUCACAAACCCGAGAACUGAUUGUUGCUUCUCAGUGAGUGGACGCACGUAGCUGGCCACACCUCAGUCUGAUCGGGAAUCUUGACCAUUAGCUCCUUGAUUUUAUUUAAAAAUGAUACUUUGUGUAUGAACAAAUGGGACAAAUCUCCUAUUGGAGCAUCCAAAAAAAUAAUUUCAUUUAUUUAUUUGUAAAAAUUACACAGAAGUUAUUUCUAGAAUGACUACCAUUUAUGAUCAUUAUAGUUCAGGCUCUUAAUAAGUACUUUAAAAAUUUUUUUUUCAGACUCCCAACAUUUUGAGGAAUUAAAAAGGAUCCCUUUUUUCCUUCUUCUUCUGGAAGGGGGUAAGAUGAGGUCAAAAAGGUAUUGUUGCUCUUUUUCUGACAGUGUGCCUCAAUGAUGAGGAAAUUCUAGUUUGUUAGGCUUAUGUAUACAUAUUUUUCAAAAUUCUCGGUAUGCCUAACUUAUUGGGGGAUCUCAGCUUCUUGGGUGAUGAAAAAUAUUAUCUAGAGUUGCCAAUGGCAUGUUGUACCAGUACGUGAGACACAUUCCAAAGGAGACACUGAACCAGUUAAUUCCCAUUAGAGUCAAGGUAACAGAACUGAAGGGAAUCCCCUUUUACAGUUGCCGACCUCAGCCACCAUCAUGAACACCCUUAACUUGAAAAGGUCUUGAUCAUUAUUCCGUAAUACACAUUGUUAAAUGAGAAGUAUGUGGUAUGACUAAACAGCUGAACAAUGUAACAUUUACGAAUGACAUAUUCAAAACAAAGGCUAUUUAUUUAACCAAGAUGACUACCAUGAAGGCUUCUUUCAUGUGUUGUCAAAUUACAGAAGCAAAUUUUAAGCAUUAUGUUUAGUAGGAAUGUUUCUGAUUUUUCAAACCCAUUUUAUAGGAAUUACUUUUACACUUAACCAAUAAUGCCAGAUGAAAAUUGAUUACUUCAUGCAUUUCCCAUGAUAGCUUUAAUCUUUAUGCAUUGUCUCUGCACUUUCCCUUUCUUCCCAAAGUGAUUAAGGGGUCGAAAUGAUCAAAAAUAGCCCCUGACACUAAAAUGUUCUCACCCUUUCUGUUCUCUCUCUUCUCCCCAUUUUCCUGCCACAAAAGGUGAAAAAUAAAACCCAACACUACUCUCACCAAAUUUGCAAACCCAGGGCACUGGAACGACUAGAGGGAUCAGUGGGUCUCCCAUGUCACCCUCAUUAAGACUUACGUAGGACACAGUCCCUGCCCUUUAGGGGGUUACAGUCUGGCCAGCAGAUAAGACACCAAAAGGUGGUGGAUAAGGUAUUAAGUAACUAAGUUAAGUGCCAAGUGAGUGCUACAAGUCCUCGGCUUCUCUUUGGAACUGUGCUCUUCACCAAAAGUCCUAAGUGUCUCUGUGAAGGCCAUAUCCAGUACAUUCUAAAUGGUAAAUAAUUUAUGUGAAGAUAAGGAAGCAUCUCUUUUUUCCAGCUCCUUCCCUUGAAAGCUCAGCACAGUGCAGCCUGGACCGCCAUGACAUUGUGACCCAAAGCAAGAUUUGUCAAUCAGCCCACACAAUCUUGAGCUCUUCUAUCCCAGGACAUGAUCAGUCGAGUCCAAAGAGGCUGGUGGUGGCCUCUUUAAAUAAUAAGAACAGACUAAACAUAAACCAAAAAAGAAAAAUUUUUAGAAACAAGAGGCUUCUGUAAAGUUUCAGGAGAAGCUGGUGGCUGACCAAGUGUGGUUGGUGCAGGAGGCAUCCUCUGUGUAUAAAGCGUCUAGGUUUUGGGAAGGUGGGAGCAGGGCUUUGAAAGCAAGAUCAGUGCCAUUCUCAGCUCUCAAAAUAACGUGUUCCCCAGCGCCCAAGGAAACUAGCUGAGGAGGUAAGAAAUUAUAUUUCAAGUUCUGCUCUGAACCUUCUUAAUCCAGAAGGCUAUGUUUCCCCUUGUGACUUUCAACCAACUGCUCAAAAAAAAAAAAAAAAAAAAAAAGAGAGAGAGAGAGAGAUACUUGUUCUGUGGAAGUUUUUAUUAAGAAGCUAGAAACAAGGGUUCGGAGUGCCUUUGUUGGACAAUUUCCUACUGGCCUGCGUUUGCUAAACAAGCAUCCUUUAAUAACAGGAGCAGGGAUUCAGAGGCACAGGAAAAAGAAUUGGCAUGAGCCAAAGAGGAGAUCUUAGGUUAUUGCCGAGUGCCUGUGGAGCAGCCCCCAGAACCCAGCAGAAAGCUGGGCACCAAGACAAACCAUAGGAAGAAUCUACAGACAAAGUAGCUACCAGAUAUGAAAAUGCGGUGUCAGUGUUUGUCCAGGAGAAACUUUUAUUUCCUUCUGUAACAGGAUCUGUUCUUUUCAAUCCUCCCCUUUGCUCUUUUUCUCCCUUCCUUUCUUGUAUGGUGUAAACAUUUUAAUGGUCCCUUCGUGCCUCCACACGGUAAGCACCUGAUUUAAGACUCUUAAUAUUGUUUCCUUUUCAUCAUCCCGUCAACCGGUUUUCAAAAAGAGAGGCAGCAGUUAUUACACUGAAUUCCAGUUAGGCAGCCAAAAUAGGCCCUACGUUACUAGGGCCAGUAGAACGAACUCAUCCUGAAACAGAGGAGAAACAAACAGCAUGUCUAGCUGACUUGGGCUAAAAACAAUGGGCGCCAUGUUUAAAGCGAUGUCUUGGUGAUGGUGGACCCUGAGAAUCAGCUGAUAGAGUCCUAACCCUUUCUCUCUCCCUGACUUGCUACGUGACCUUGGUCAAGCCACUGAACCUCGGUCCCUCUUUGCCCUGUAUUGAAGAUACAGUUGUUUCGCCUACUUAAUAAGACAAAUUGUGAAGUGCCAUUGCUUCUUGACGGCAGGAGACUUUGACCCCCACAUAUAAAGGCCCAAGUCAGUGGAGCCUACUUGAAGACUUACUUUCUGGCCUGUGGUUCUUAGUCCCACUGAAGAAACAACGUGGCCACAUCUGGGAGUGUGCAUAUAUAGGAUGCAAUUGCUGUACAACUGUUCAGUUAUUAAUCCAGGAGAUGCCCAAGAGCUAACCUGUCAACCCUGGGAGAUGCGACAGCCAAAGGCCAGAGAAAUCAGAACUUCCUGUGCGCAAAGUCCCAAGUUUCCACCCAGAUGUGACUGGCAGCUUACACACGCCGCUGGAGCCGCCGGGCCGGCUCACACAUAAGACAACACGAGAAACAAAUACGAUUAUUUUGCAUAGCCUAGUGGCACCAUCCCUACGCCACACAUACCCUGCACGAUAAUGUUGGUGACUGUAGACUAGAUUUCUUUCAUAGCAGUAUUUUCUGGAUACUGGUGGUACGUAAAACUCAUUGUCAAUGAAAUAGGGAAACCAUAUUAAAAAGUUGAUUGUCUCCCGUGGAGCGAAGACUGGCAGAAGGUAGUAAAGAAACUGAGUACACGGGAACUCAUAUCCAACACACAUUUACAAGUUCACUUUCAGAUGAAAAUGUGCUUCCAGAGUGGGUUUACGAAGAUAGUCUGCAACGUUUCCAAGGCUCGGUUUAUUUUAAAUAGCAACUGCUGGGUUCUAACGUGGCUAUGAAGACAUCCCCUCAAGCAGGCCAAGAAACCAUUCGGAUGUUACUGAUUCUAAGUUCACUUGGGUUUUUACGUUUUUUUCAGUGAGCAUGGUGACUGCGGAGGUCAGGGUCAGGGAAAGCUGGGCUAAGUACUCUUUCUGUAAAGUCGAUUAGGACUCCACCCUGUGAAAUGACACAAAGUUCACUCUCUAAAAGCAACAGCAUGUAACAGAAUGGAAGAAGGAAACUGUGUAUGUAUGCCUAAUAUUCUUUGUGAAUGUCUUUCAUUUAACUGAAAUUAUAUUAGAAACCAGAUUGAUAAAUAAAAAAUCCAAAAUAGUUUUAAUUAU